AUGUCUAAAGCCAAUCUGGCAGCGUCCUCCCAGCAGUUUUCCUUGAGUCAACUCCUCAAUGACAAGUCUGAUUUGGUGAGGUUGGAAAAGGCACGGAAACUCAGACAACUGCUGAAACAAGAGAUGCUGAAAGGGAAAACGAAAAAGGCCAAAUCAAAUGUAAAGGAGCAUUGUUUAGAUCCCUCCAAGAUGACCAUGCGGGACCUUAUCCGUUAUCUCCCAACAGCCAACCCCAUGUCAACAUCUUUAGAAUCCCAGCAGGAAAAUGAGACUGUCCUCCCUCCAUCACCUGCAAGAGAAGCGUACGUUCCUUAA